UGACAUAAAAGAUCAGUUUGAUAUCAUAAUACAUCAAUUUUUAAUACGCUUUGCGUAUUCAUAUUUCAAAAUUUUCGUGUUUGCCUCAUGAAUCAGAAUCGUCCAUUUUUUUCAACAAACACCAACUGUUAUGACGAAUCCUUCACAUCAUCUGCUCCAACUCAAGUAAACGGCGAAAACGUUAUUUUAUCACAAGAACAGCAACGAAGAGUGUGUGAUACGUUGAACACUUCUAUAGUAGGAAACCCAAAUAUAUUUUCUGAACCAGGCAAUAAUAUGAAUCAAAUAUUAUACGCUCAGAAGCAGUACUAUCCUGGAGGAGUUCUUUUUACCUUUCCUUCUGCACCAACAACGAGUUUUGGGCAACAACAAGGGCAAUCUUUUGGACCAGGAUUAUGUUAUCCAUGUCCACCAGUAUCUUAUCCAACUCCUAUUCAGACCGCACCCAUAUCAACCCCAAUGGACUUCUCAUUUCAGCAACCAGCAUUCCAGCAGCCAAUGCAAUGUGUAAAUACAUUUUUUCCUUCUUCCUUGGAAUAUCAGCAAAUGAAUCAAAAUGCACUGCAGCAACCGUACCAAUACCACAGAGAGCCAUACCAGCUUAAAUUUCAUAAUGAUAGAAGCACUUCCUGUUCGGACAUGUUGAAAGGUGAAACACAAAUACCAUCAUCAAACGGUCUUCCAGAUUUUACCAACAUUAACGGUGUCAUACAAAGACUUCAACAAGACUUGGCUACCUUAAAUACUUGCAAGGAUCUGCCAUGUACUUGUCCUAUCGAGUUCUCGUCUAACGUCAAAAAGCUGGUGUUAUCUAAGCCUGUAAAACAACCAUCUGGACAUGUAAUAGAUGUCCUUGAUGACAAGCAAAAUGGAAAAAAAGAUAAUAAACCGCGGGUUUCUUUUUCAGAUAAGCCAGUUGAUGAGGGAGCUCAGGUUGAUAACGAGUGCUUUUGUAUUGAUCAAAAAGACAGAAGCAAUUCAAAAAUUGUAGAAAGUGGAGACGAAUCAUCAGCAGAUAAGCCCAAAAAACGAAAACAAAAAAAGAAGAAGCCAAAAAAGCAAGUUAAAUCAUCGUCAGAAACAUCCGUUUCGUCAGCUGAAGACACCAAAGAUCAGAAAAAAACAUCUAAGAAUUCGAGAUGGGGCAAACAUGGAAAAUCUGACACAACAGAAAGUGACUCAAGUGAUUCUGAAAAAGCGCAUACAAAAAGCAAGAAAAAAGGGAAAACCAGAAAGCAGAAAAUCAAAGGAAAAAGUAAGAAUACAAAAGAAGAUAAAACACAAACUGACAGCAGUGAGUUUAUGAAUGGCACUAGUGAGGAAAUGGAUUAUUCCACUGAUGCUGAACACUGUAAAUGUGACUGAAAAUGUUGAUUACUAAAAAACUUUAAUCAAGUAA